AUAUAACGACAAUAUGAAGAAGCUCUUGAUCAACAUGUUCCUUGUGCUUUCCUCUGUUAUGCCACUUCUCUCAUUCUCGGAGGCUAAUCCAACCAACUUCAGCGAGACUUGCGAAGACGGAAGUGGAGAAACCGGUUCCAGUUUUGGUAUAGGGUUUGGUUUGGUUCUUGAUUUCGGUUUGUACCGUAACAGCUGCCCGGAAGCAGAGUCUAUCGUCUACUCGUGGGUCGAAACAGCCGUCUCACAGGAUCCAAGAAUGGCUGCUUCUCUUCUCCGUCUUCAUUUCCACGACUGUUUUGUCAAUGGAUGUGAUGCUUCGGUGUUGUUGGAUGACACGGAAGGGCUAGUUGGUGAAAAAACCGCGCCUCCUAAUCUAAAUUCUCUCCGAGGAUUCGAAGUGAUCGAUUCGAUAAAGUCUGAUCUUGAAUCAGUAUGUCCAGAGACCGUCUCAUGCGCAGACAUUCUUGCCAUGGCCGCUAGAGAUUCAGUUGUUGUGUCGGGCGGACCAAGCUGGGAGGUGGAAGUAGGAAGAAAAGAUAGUAGAACAGCGAGCAAACAGGCAGCAACAACUGGAUUGCCCUCACCAAACUCAACUGUACCAACUCUCAUCUCUAAUUUCCAAAAGCUCGGUCUUUCGCAAACCGACAUGGUUGCUCUUUCUGGUGGACAUACAUUGGGAAAGGCACGUUGCACUUCCUUUACAGCUCGAUUGCUGCCGCUACAAACUGGAGAACCGGCUAACCAUGGAGAUAACCUUGACUUCCUCGAGUCACUACAGCAGCUGUGCUCAACUGUGGACCGCUCUGUAGCUAUCACUCAGCUUGACUUGGUGACGCCAUCAACAUUUGACAACCAGUACUAUGUUAACCUCCUCUCAGGGGAGGGAUUGCUUCCAUCAGACCAAGCUUUGGCAGUUCAGGACCCAGGAACGAGGGCAAUUGUUGAAACUUACGCAGCGGAUCAGUCGGUUUUCUUUGAGGAUUUUAAGACUGCUAUGGUAAAAAUGGGAGGGAUAACUGGUGGUAGUAAUAGCGAGAUUAGGAGGAAUUGUAGAAUGAUUAACUAAAAAUAAUUGGAAGGAACCAUAUAUAUUCCUAGUCCAGACUUAUUGACAUCUAUAUA